UAUGAAAAUUAUUGUCUUAAUAUUCUUGUUAGGUGCCUUUGCUUCAAACAUCAGACAUAAAAAGGAGAGGUUUUUUAUUAUUCUUAUCAUUUAGACACAAUGAUUCAUAGACUUUAUCACAUCAAUAAUAAAAUACAAAAGGUAUUGAACAAUAAAUAAAUAUAUUUAGAAUUAUUACAAGUCACUGAUAUAGAUAAUGAAUCUUAGACAUUAGUUGAGGAAACACUCAAUCAAUAAUAAAAUCUAGAAGAACCCAAACCAUUAUAUAAUAAUGAUGGUAGAUCACCAGAUAUGGGAAUGAAUUAAAUAGAUAAUAAUGAUGCCCCUGAAGCUCCAAUGAUGGCAGAUAAUGUUUUAGAUUAUUCAGCUCAAGAGGAAGUGAUUAAAGGUGUUUCACUUAUAUAAGUUGGAGAAAUUGAUGCAUUAGCUGAUAUUGAUACUAGUAUGCCAUUAUUAGAUGAGGAUUUCAAAUAUGAUGAAUAAGCCCUUUAAGAAACUCCUUUAAACAUUGACAUUAUUGAAGAAGUACCACAAUAACAAGAUUAAGAAAUUAAUUAAAUUGAUGACUAAUUAUAAUAAGAAGUCCAAUUAGAAGAUUAAUAAGAUUAAUUGAUAAAUGAGGUUUAAUUACUCUAAAUUGGAGGAUUCUAUUAUUGA